AUGGACGUAGAAAUUGCGUUGGCGACCGAAAAACCUCAAGCAUCAAAGGCAGAUGAUCUAGCUGAAUCUUCAGAAGAUAAAAAAACGGAUAAAACAUCGACAAAGAAAAAACGCAGUCGGAAAGGGAAACGGAAGACGCCUGCUAUUGCUGCGAUAGUUCUAACAGAAAAUGAACAAUCUGCUAAUAUUCAGCGAGAAAGCGAUAAUAAGACUCCAGAAAAGACAAUCAACAUCAACGAGUCUAAACUCGAUCAAAUAGUUCCCACGGAAUUUCUCAAGAACAAACAGCCUUUCAUGUCGCCUCACACGAAAUAUCAGGGACAGCAAAGGUUUUUUGAAAGAAAAAAUGUUAGUUUUCAGUUCAUUGUUUUCAGGUUUCUGAGUACUCCUCAGAAGAACUUCCAAAGUUGUGCCAAUGGCGACGCAGGACCCGAGAAGAAAAGUACAACUCUACGGAAAAAAAUCUUUGCCGAUUAUAUCAGCGAAGCCGAAGUGAGCGAUGGUCUGGCAAAAAAUCUGCUGAUAGAGGCUAGUAAGAGUUAAUGAGGUUAGUUAAAUCGAUGAUCUUCAGGGCGUCAUUCGGAUAAAUCCGCGCAACUACCAGGAAUGUUAUCUGAAUAAUCCAUUGGGAUCUGCGCACAAUGACAUUCUGAUCCUAGGCAGAGACCGAAACCGAGCGAUGAACAACGACGUCGUCGUGGUCAGAGUAAAGCCUCAAAGCGAGUGGAUUGUUGGUUUUCCGGUAAUCCUCAGUUUUUAUCCCAUUUUUAAAGGUGAUUCCGAACGAAUAUGAAGCAUGGGUAGCCAAAGAAACAGAGAAGUGUGGAAAGAUAGCAGAGCCCCCAAAGGAAGAGCUUAAAACCGGGGCUGAAGGCGAUUGUACAAUUCUGGAUGUAAGUUUAAACUGAAAUUUUUUUAAAUUUUUUCUUUUUUGAAGAAGUUGCUCGAUGAAAUUGAUCUGAAUCUUGCGAAUCCAGCAACACCAAAAACCGAAGUUCGUUAUAAUAAAAACGGUUUUUACAUUAAUAAUGGAAUGAAAAAAGGAAACCUCUUUUCAGUGGGUUCAGUAUCUCGAGACACAAAAAAUCAGAAGAAAACGCUGAAAGACGCCAUUUUCGAGAUGGACAAAAACAUUUGCUGCCUUGUCCCACCGGAGUGUCUUCAGAUAACUGCGGAGGUGUUUUUUUUUCCUGUUGUUUACCUUCCAAAAACAAAAUUCAGGUUGUAUAUAUCAAAGAAAAGAAACACCCGCGACUGGCCGCCGGAAAACUUCAACCUCUGCCGAACAGCGACAGCAAAGAGUUCGCCUACUUCGUUCCAAACGACGGCCGGGUGCCAAGAAUUCUGAUUCCGCACGUCGAAGUCGACAAGGAAUUCUUCACCAGGCCCAAGGUCCUCUCCUAGCUUCUUUCUAUUCUAUUCUAACGGAAAAAAAAACGUAUUAUAGGAUUUUGCCAAGUUCAUCUACAUGGCAAACAUAAAAGAAUGGUACAGCGACAGCAUUUAUGCCAUUGGAAGUCUGGAGAAGAAUCUCGGCGAGAGGGGCGAAAUCGAGGUUUCGAAGACUUCAGAUCAAGCUUAAUCGAAAAGAUUCCAGGCUGAAACUGAGGCAAUUCUUCAAUCGAACGAAAUCGAUACGAGAGAAUUCUCCGAAGAAACUCUCGCCUGCCUUCCCAUCACCUCGGCAGAUCAGUGGUCCAUUCCUGAGGUUCAAUUUUUUAAAAGUCGAAAAAUUAACUUAUACGAGGGAAAAUUAGGUUAAAUAAUCGAUAUUUUGAAAAAAAAAAGAAAUGGUACGAUUCAAGGUAGUUGUACACACCGUUUAGGUGAGUUCGAUAAAAGCAAGCAUGAAAAAGGUUGUAGAUUGAAAUUCUCGUCUAACCGUUUUUGAGCUGUAUCUUUGUUGAAAAAGACUUUUUUGCGUGAAAAUGUAUGUUAAAUUGCAAAAAAAAAACACAGUUGGAACAAUCAAAAAUAGAAUUUUAGUCUGAAAAAGUUACUUUUGAUCCCAGCAAGUCUAAAAAAAUUACCAAAUUAAAAAAAAAAUCGUUCUUUUUUUAAGGAUAAACUCGUAUUUUUUUGUUCAAAUUAACCUUGUUCGCUAUUUUGACAGUCAUUUUCAAUUUAAUGAAUGAGAAAUAGCCGGAAAAACUUGCAUACAGCCAUGGCGUGUUGCAAACAGAACACCCAUCAUUGCCUAAAUCCGGGUAUCAAUUUGAGCGAAUUCUUUCUUUUGUCAACUCAAAAAAUCUUUUUUGUUCCAUUUUGAGCAUUUUUUCCUGCAGAAAGAGUUUGAGUACCGACGAGAUUUUCGCGAAGAAAUCGUUUUCACAAUCGAUCCAAAAACGGCUAGAGACCUCGAUGAUGCACUUUCGAUCAAACCUUUGGACGACAUUGACGGCCGAGGAACUCCUGGCUGGGAGGUGGGCCGAUCCCUGAGAUGGUGAAAAACGGUCGCAUUCUAUAGAUCGGCGUCCACAUUGCGGAUGUGACCUUUUUUGUCGAAGAUACUUCUGUUUUGGACCAGUGGGCUCAGAGCCGGGCCAACAGUACCUAUCUCGUCACUUCGGUUAGAGACAGUUUCCAGGUUUUAAUUAAUCGAAGCUUGUUUGAAGGUAAUUCCAAUGCUGCCGCGUAUAUUGAGUGAACAAUUGUGCAGUUUGAACCCUGGAGUCGAUCGGCUCACGUUUUCGGUCGUUUGGAAAAUGAAUGAUAAAGCGGAGGUACAGCUUUCACAUCAAUUUUUAGUCUCAGAACCUUUUUGUAUUCCUUGUAAUACUUGAAAAUUUGCGAAAAGUUUUAAGAUUGUCGAUGAAUGGUUUGGAAGAACAGUUAUUCGCUCCAGAGUGAAGUUGUCUUAUGAACACGCACAGGUAAACAUUGUCUUUACAAUCGUUUCGUUAUAAUUCUCUCAGGAUUUCAUUGACAACCCUGAGAAAGAUUUUGAAGAAGAAGAACUACCGCCGAUUUCUGAUGGAACCUCUGUUUUUCAUAUCAAGGAAAAGGCAAGCUGUUUGUGAACGACGUUUCAAGUUCAACGAUUUCUCAGGUUUUGCAAUUGAAUAGAGUCGCGCAAGUGCUGCGCAGAAACCGCGAAACGAACGGAGCUCUGCGAAUCGAACAGCCAAAACUCAAGUUUUCCAUUGACCCCGUCACGAAACAACCUCUGGGCGUUUCCGUUUACAAGGUCUUCAUUUUUGGAAUCGAACGGAGUUUGUAAAAGAGAUUUUUUAAAUGCCUCUUGUCAACUGAACAAUGCCGGUUUCUUUUGAAAAUUUUUCUCGAAAAUACAAAUAUAAAAUAAUAGAAUUCUUAUCAGGAGAAGGGAUGCUUACAAGCUUUUAUCUCAAACGACAAAAUUAUUAUUGCCGCAGGGUUUUUGUGAGUUAAAAGUAUCAUCACGGUCAAAGUUUUUCCUUCUGUUUGUUUCUCUAAUAAAUUUUUUUGUUUCAUUGAAUGUUUAUUUUGAUGUGUAAUAGGAAUUCGGUUGCAGAUCCAAGGAUCAAACAAACUGGUCGAGGAGUACAUGUUGCUGGCCAACAUGUCUGUCGCCAAGUUUAUCGGCACCAAGUUUCCGCAGACGGCGAUGCUCCGGCGUCACCCCCCGCCCAAAGAAAAAAUGAUGCGCGAAGUGGUCAGAAAUAAAUGUUCCCUCUUUUUACAGUUUAAAGUUUGUUUCCAGUUGGAAACAUGCGCUCGAAUAGGUUUUCCACUCGAUGGCAAUUCUUCUGCAGAAUUGUCCACCUCCCUUCGAAAGUUUCAGAACAACAGCCUUCUGCACACGUGCAUUCGACAGGUUCUAUUAUAGAUUGAACUUCUACACUUUUCUUUUGAAAAUUUCUAGUUUUUGAGUAUAAUUACAAUUUUUAUUUUAUUUAUGAAGAUAAAUUCUGUUUGAAAGACUAAUGAUUAAGUAAUUGAUUCACAAGCUUGGGAAAAGCUGUUAGUUAGGGAUCAAAAAUUUCGUUUUGGACAUCUCCACUUUAAGGUUCUCUCUUCAAUAACGAUCAAACCAAUGCAAAUGGCCUUGUACUUCUGCAUUUCUUCAGUCGAGAGUCCAUCGGAUUAUCGUCAUUACGCGCUCAACGUUCCCUUGUGAGGCUAAAAAAAAAAGAGAGUUUCUUUUAAUUCGGAAUUUGAAGCUACACGCAUUUCACGUCGCCUAUCCGACGAUAUCCCGAUAUGGUAGUUCAUCGACAGUUGGCUAUGGCGCUGGGCUAUGGAACGGCUAUCGAUCGGACACCCGAUGAGUUGGAUUCGAUUGUCAGUUUUCAGUUUUUAGAAUACCUAAGAUAGACGUAAUGAACAAUCAGGAUAGAAAGCUGCAUUGGCAGGUUUAAGCAGAGCUGUUUUUUAGGGUUUUGUGAAUUGUGCAAAAAAUUAAGAAAUUCAAUGCAGAGUUUUUCUUAAUUUCGUUGAAUGAUGUUUUCAAAAUUUGUUCUCAUUCUCAUAUCAUCAUCAUCAUCCACGAAAAAAAUAAUUGAUUUCUUAGUAGUAUGCUUAAAAUUUUUUUCUGAAAUAAAUCUAUACUCUGGAUUUUAAGCUUAAGCAACAAUAGUAACUACAGGCAAAACACUGCAACGAGCGCAAAUUGGCGUCGAAAACGGCGAGCGAACAAAGUGAUGAAGUCUUUUUUGGACUAUUUGUCAACGUUAGUCUUGCAUUAUUUUUUCGCAGAGUAAAGAGAAACUUUUUUCAUAGGUUUGUGGGCGGAUCAAUUCGAAAGGCGUCGUUUUGCAAGUUCUUGACAGGGCUUUUUCUGUUUUGGUCGUGCAGUAUGGCGUAGUCAAACGCGUCUAUUGCGAUGUAAACUCCAAAUAAUUUCCCGCUAAUAACAUCAGAGGAAUUCCAGAAGCUUAAAAUAGCUGCUGAUCAGUACAACAGACGCGAUGGAACUUUGACUCUGACGUGGGGCUUUGAUCCCGACGCCGAAGAAGGCAAUCGCGAGCCGUUCAAACAGGUUCAGUGGCUUUUAUUUUGUUAGAAUGUUUUCCGAGAUAUCAAACGGGAAAUUCUCAGUUAUUUCGCUUUUUUCCAUUUCGGAGCGUCUAUUUACCAGGAAGUUGUGCAGCUCUGAAAGGCUUACCUCAAAUCGAAAAGUAUUCCAGAAAAAUUUCAAAAAACACGACAGAGCUGACUAGGGAACUACUCGGACUCGGGUACGGGUUUCGAGUUGAAACUUUAGGGGUUUAUAGAUCCAAGUCAGAAUACUUGAAAACAAGAGAGAAUAUCUGCUAAACCCGAUGGAGAACUGAGAAAAAAUUAGUAGAAAAUGUGAAAAUUAGGCCUGAAAGUUUUCAGAAUACGGCUUUUUACCUUGUUUUAUAUUUUAAUACAAUCGCCUUGAAUGAUCCGGCUAUGAUAAGCUCUAAUAAACUUUUUUCCAGCCAAAAGGAGGAAAGCAAAUACUUGAUAAUUUUCAAGCCUAAAUUGUUCAUUUUCAAAAAGCUUUUUCUCAGAAGCCUAUGGGGUUUAGCAGAUAAUCUCUUGUUUCUAACACGGGAAGUGCGAAAGGUCGAGGUAUUGGAAUUUAAUGAAACUUGGUAUAUAGGUACUUCCGAACACCCUGAAUCCAAAAAAGUUGAAAAAAAGUGCGCCUUUUUGGUUUUAGUCGAGUUAGGGCGCUUCAAAGUUUGCACGCAAAAAUUGCAUUGGAAGGGAGGAGGGAACGUGUUGCGGCGGCUAACUCUAGCUGCCAGCAGGCGGCGUGGUGUAGUGGCUAGCGGCUUUGCGCUGUGAAACCUAUGAUGCAGGUUCGGUCCCUUUUUGGUGAAAUUUUUAUUUUUUUGCCAAUUUUUUUAUUUGAAAAAAAUAAGGAAGUUUUUGAUGAUGGAGUGAAAGAACAGCACAAAAUUUUUGAAAUUCACCAUUUUACGCCCAUCUUAAGAAGAAUUUCGACAAAAAAUUUUUUUGCUCCAUUUUUCCUUGCCUAACCAUAAGGCUUAUGGUCGACCCAUUCCUUCAAAAAAAUUUCUGAUGAACCAAUAAAAUCAAAAGUUUUUAUGAGAUUUAUUCUUCUUUUUCUUCCUUUAUGACGUUGUGUGUGUAAAAAUGUGUAUCAAAGUCCAGCUUCACUUUAUUUUUCACAAUCGAGAUGAUAUGGCGAGGCUGGGAAUGAAAAAAAGACAAGGAAAAAGGGUUAACUAACCGCCAUCUUUGAAGAAAAAAAUCGUUUGAUGAAUAAGAAUAGAAGCAUAGAACUACAAUAAGUUGUUAUUUAUAUCACAAACCUAUGAACUCUCGCAAGAUUAAUCUCGACGCCCAAAUUUCCUGCACAGAGAAGGACAAAAAAAGACUAAAAAAAUUUUUUUUUGUUGAAAGUCUUUCUCAAAACGACAUAAAAUAGUGAAUUUCAACACUUUGAACAGUAUUUUUCGUUCCAUCUUCAAAAAUUCAUCAAUUUUUUCGAAAAACUUCAUGGCAAAAAAAAAUUUCACCAAAAAAGGUCCGAACCUGCAUCAUAGGUUUCACAGCGCAAGGCCUCUAGCCACUACACCACGCCGCCAGCUGGCAGCUAGAGUUAGCCGCCGCAACAGAUUCCCUCCUCCCUUCCAAUGCAUUUUUCACGUACAAACUUUGAGGCGCCCUAACUCGACUAAAACCAAAAAGGCGCACUUUUUUUCAACGGCUUUGGAUUCAGGCUGUUCGGAAGUACCAAUAUACCAAGUUUCAUUAAAUUCCAAUACCUCGACCUUUCUCACUUCCCGUGUAAGUACUCUUACGCUGGUCUAUAAGCCACCAAAGUUUCAAAUCUAAACGCGUACCCGAGUCCGAGUAGUUCCCUAGAAAGUGAAAUUACGUCCCUUGCUUUCGAAUCAAACCUUUCCACCAUUUUCAUUUUCUUCGAAACAAUAAAAAAAACUAUUCAGGUGAUCCAAGUCUGCACGGUUCUAGACGUGGAACUGUACCCACUGGACAAAGACGACAAGUGUCAGUACGGCGCGCGGAUUCAUCGACCGACUAAGCGCGACGUCGUCGAAAAGACGCUGUCACGGAUGUUCGAGAAAGACGAAGAAAUUGCUGAGGUUAAUGAGUUGGCCGAGAUCCCUGCCGAAGAGCGUGCCGGUUAG